AUGGCGCCGCUCACCCCCACCUGGCAGCAGCCCUCCCACCCGGCCAUCCAAGAGGUGCUCAUCAACGAGGCCGAGUUCACCACCAAGAGCAUCUCCCGCGUCUCGCUCCCGCCCUUUGCCGUCUUCGCCCGCCUCGCCUGGCCGCCCUGCACCGCCGCCCAGGAGCCCACCUACGCCACCGUCCAGACGGGUCGCGACACCCACCUCAACCUCAACAGCGACCUGCUGUACAUCAAUCACUCCUGCGAGCCCUCUCUCAUCUUUGACACGGGUAACAUGAACGUCUUGGUCGGACCCAAGGGCCUCGCCCCCGGCGACGAGCUCACAUUCUUCUACCCCUCCACGGAAUGGAGCAUGGCCCAGCCCUUCGACUGCCUCUGCGGCACGCCCACCUGCCGCGGCACCAUCAGCGGCGCCCGCGACAUGUCUGCCAAGCAGCUUGAGGGCAUCUGGCUCAACGGCCACAUCCGCGAGCUCCUCGACGAGCAGCAGCAGCAGCAGAACGGCCGCGAGCACCAGAGCGUCGUCGUCGGCGGUGACGCCUCGGACCCCACGGCCCGCGCCCUGCGCGACGCCCUCACGCAGGCCGAGAAGGUGGUCGAGGCCGCGCGCCUCGCCCUGCGCACCUACGUCGAGGCCGGCGGUGCGGCUACCAACGGGGGUUCCAACGGCUAUCACGGCGCCGCGCUCAACGGCGGCGUGUCCAAGGCUCCGGGGCUGAACCGCCGUGGCCCGACGUCGAGGGAGCUCAGCGGCGAGAUGAGCGGCGAUACCGUCGUCGCCUAA